GGGUUGUGGAGGAGAGCUCCGCAGGAGCAUGAUUCGACAUGGUUAGAGGUGAUGGCUAGAGACUCUAGACUGACCCGUCCCCGCCUCCUCUUCUAUCUUAUCCUAGGUUGGGUCAGCCUCACAAACAAAUUUCGCGACCUGCGUCCUCAUAAUAAUAGACACCGAUUGCCCAACGCGCAGACUGACUUUCCUGGAUACUCUAUGAGAAAAGAGGACAAGGACACCUGGCGAGGGCUUGUGCGGAGACAUGUUAACAGUUGCGUUUGCAUUGAGCGUCAUCCUCACCGCUUUACCAGGCUCUGGGGGUAGCAAGUGGACUGUGUCCUUCACCCGGAGAGAGAUCUGUGUCUGGGCUGGGACCACUGUCACUCUCCCUUGUUGGUAUGACUACCCAUCAGGACACACUGUCAGGAGGGUGAUGUGGUUCAGGGUCUCUGGCCGGAGGGAGUUUGCCCACCACUCUGACUCCAGCUUGGUUAGCAUGUCUUAUAGAGGAAGGACAAAGUAUACAGGCAGCCAUAAAAGCUGUGGGAUCCAGAUCACCAACGUGAACCUUGGCGAUGCUGGACAGUACCACUUCAGGUUUGAGACAGACCACCCACAGGGACGAUGGACCUCCCCGGACACCGUCUCGCUCUUUGUCACAGAGCUUCAGGUUCAGGUCCAUCCUGCGAGGACAGCCAACAUGUUUGGGUCAGGAGAGACAGUGUACCUGGGCUGUAUGGCCAGAGGCUGUGCUGCAGAAGGGAGGAGUCUUGCUCUCUACAGGAACGGCAUCAACCUGGGAUCACCUGAGAAGUGGCUGACCAUCUACAACUUUGACAGCCAGCACGCUGGUACCUACACCUGUCGCCCAAUCCCCCCACAGAAUGUCCAGUCACCGCCGCUGGCCUUGGCUCUGGGACAUGCUCCUCGUUCCACAGUGAUUGAGGUGAGUCCCAUGGGUGUGGUAGUGGAGGGGGUCUCUGUGACUAUGACCUGCAACAGCAGUGGGGCUCCGGUGGUGGAGAGCUAUGCCUGGUUUAAGGACAGGGAGAGUGGCAGCAUUCCAGACAGCUUCAGACCCCAGCUCCACCUGAAGAGGGUGUCCCACACCGACCGGGGAGAGUACUUCUGUGUGGCACGCAACCCACUUGGUACAGAGAGGUCCAAACCUGUCCUGCUCAACGUCACAUACUCUCCAAAGAGCACCAAGGUGUUGGUUAGUCCAACAGGAGACAUCAAGGAAGGCUACUCUGUCAACCUGACCUGCAGCAGCAAGGCCCACCCCCCAGUGGACCGCUAUGCCUGGUUCAAGAUCAUGGGGGGUCAGACCUGGGCCAAAGGGUCAACACAGAACCUCUCCUUCUCCAGCGUCCGCUCACAGAACGGAGGACAGUACUACUGCACGGCCUGGAACCAACAUGGACAGGGCAGCUCCUCUGUUUUCACCCUCGCCAUUCUCUAUGCCCCUAAGAACACGUCUGUGUUUGCGCAGCCCUCCAGUGUGAUCGACGCGGGCCGUCCUCUGACUCUGACCUGCAGCAGCCAGGCCAACCCGGCGGUGGACAACUACACGUGGUUCAGGAUCAAUGCGGCUGACGCCUGGGUAACGCGAUCGGGCCCAAGCUACACCUUCGCUGAGGUCAGCCCCGGGGAGAGUGGCCAGUACUACUGUGAGGCACGCAACCGUAUCGGCGUCCACAGCUCGCCUGUCCUCACUGUCAGGGUCAGAGGCAGACUGAAGGUUAUCGCCCUGGCCUCAGCUGUGGGCGUGUCUGCUGGUCUCAUCACUCUCACUGUGGCCGUCAUGAUCAGCAAAAACAUGCACAGAGUAGACAUGGAAUAUCCAGAGGAAAACAAGAAGAGGCCAUCGGUGACAGCUGACACCCUGUUCUACGAGUCAGUCCAGCAGACCCUUCAGUUGAGGACUGGCAAGAUGUCCGACAUCCCGGAGGAGCCAGAGGAGGUGUAUGAGAGGGCCCAUCCCUCCAUCGUACCCCUGAAGGAUGUUCCACCCUGCACAGAGGCAGACAGCAUCCUCAACUAUAUCACUGUGCAUUACUCCAGGAUCCCAAGUCUGGACCAGAUUCAAGUUACAAAUGUACCACUGGAUGGCGAUAAAGAGCCAAAGGAUGCUGCCAAUGUUGUCUACACUGUCCUGGCCAGACCACACCAGUAGUGGUGCAGAUGAGAACUGUAGCUCCAAAUGAGUGACAUCGCCAGAAGGAUCUCUACCAUCGACCCCUGAACUGCUUCUGAGCUGGACUGCUCACUCUAAGCCAAUUUACUGUUUAUCUAAUUUACUACAAAGUCUAAUUUACUAGGAAUAGUUCAAGUAGUUACUUGUAAUUCAUUUGGCAUUAUAAGUGGCAUUACAACUCAUUUAUUAGCAUUUAACGUUUUACUAGUAGUGGCCAGAUAAUGAAAUAUUCCGAUAUCAGAAUCAUCCUUAAAAUGUAUCUUUUUCACCCUCAGAAGGAAGUCAUUUUGGACAUUUUCUGUCUGGGUUCUCUCUAUCUCCUCCAUAAGAUAUCAUUAAAAUGUCAUGUAAAAAAUGAAGUUUGGUAUGCAUCAUCACUCAUGCUAGUCUUCUGGAGGAUGUGUGUAAAUGUGUUACUGAUCAUAUCUUGUGUUUAGGGUAUGGUUGGUAUGUCCCAAAUUGCUUGUUGAAAUGUGUUACUGAUCAUAUCUUAUGUUUAGGGUAUGGUUGGUAUGUCCCAAAUAAACAUUUUUAAAUGAAGAAAGAAUUGCUAGAUGUAUUAAAGACAUGUAUCAGGUAGACACUUACCUUGUUUAUUCUGAUCUAUCAUGCUGUGGAUGUCAGUACUGAGUUAUUGAUUAAUUACGUACAUAUGAACUGUGUACUACUUUUCAUAACAGAUGAACACGGAAAUAGUGCAGAGGUCAGAGGGGAUAUAGGACAAAGACAAGCACCAAACAAAUUAUUAUUAUUAUUGUUAUUAUUAUUAUCAUAAUCUCGUCAACAUACUGAAUGUCUCUAAAUCACCAAAUCUAUUCCCUGCUUACAUAGAAAAUUUACAUGACCUUCCCUGUCAACCUUCAGUCUCAACUCCUGCAUUCUGCUUGUGUGAAAUUGUUAUUAUCACAUCAGUCCAUGGUAUUUGCAUUGUCAUUUUCUGACCAGUCUCAUUCUGUGGACAUGCUCUGUAGAUGAGUGAGUGAUCCUGUUUCUUUCUAUAAGGUUUCAUGUGUUUCCUUUCAUUCAGUUGAUUUUUAUGUGUUCCAAUGCUAAUGUAGAACGGGAUUUCUAUUAAGAAAUUGAAGCAUAGUUAAGUUUAUUUCAUGUUGGUGAGGAUAAAAACAGAAUGACUAGAUUAUUUAAAUGUCUAUCCCAGUUGUGCUGUCUUAUUGACAGCAGGGUUGGAGUCAAUUCCAUUUUAAUUCCACUAUAUUCAGAAAGUACACCAAUUCCAAAUGUUCCUCAUUGAAAAGCCUUGACGAUAUUUGGAAUUGGAAUUUCAGUGUAGUUCUUGAAUUUAAAUGGAAUUGACCCCAACCCUGAUUGACAGAGACAGUUACACCUUCUUUAAAUUAAAACAAUGUUGAUGCUGCCACCACCAUGCUCCACCGUGGGGAUGGUGCAAGGUUUUCCUCCAGUCUGUUUGAUGAUUGGCUUUGCUACUGUCUAAUACUGUAUAAUUCCCUCAACCUGUGGUGUUGCAGUUUGAUGCGGUGUGGCUCUUUGAAACAACCAGUGUGAUUACUCUCAAGUUGCCAGGUGAGUAGAAUAUAUAUAUUUUUGUUUGAUACUCUAUCAUUCUGUGGAUGCCAGUAUUCAGUUAUUAAUAAAUUAAUUAUAUAAACUGCAUAUUGUAUAUGGCUCAUUAGAGAUGAGCAAGGAACUGAUCAGAGGGGAUAUUUAACAUUGGUCUAAUGCUAUUGUUAUUACCUUAAUGGUGAAAUAUAUAUUUAUCAAAUGACUAACCUCAAAGGAAAGUAAUAUAUUAUUAUCUAAGAUUACAGAGUAACUCACUCUUUACAUCAACAAAUAUACAGAAGGGACUGAUAGCCAGUUUGUGCACCAGCAUGUGUAGAGUAUGAUCUUUCAAAUUAACAUAUCUGAAGGUAGGCCACACGUAGGAAUGCUAUAUUAUAUUUUCCUACAUUUAAAAAGGGCAAAUGGGUACUGUACCUUUGAGUGUUGUAGAUAAGUGUGAUAACUGCUUUUUGUGGAAGUAAUUGGAAGAUGACAUUCAACGAUACAACACCAUAGCUCCAUGUGCCUUAACAAGUUGAGGGGAAGGUCAUCUAAACCCUUAACCUGUUUACAUUAUGUGGAACACUGAGCUGAUGAGCAAGCGCCAACCUUUUGAAGGUUAAACAACUGGGUUUUAUAUUUUGACUAGGUUGAUGUCCCAGGGACAGUUAAUGAAAACAUAGGUCAUGUGGUAUGAAAUAUGGAAACAGUGGUUAACAUUGAGAGAUGUAUUCAUCUCUGAAUCUACAGAUCUCUUGGUAUGUGUGUGUAUUUUUGAUACUCACUCCCAUUAAUAGAAGUCUAACCUUUAUUAUGGAUUAUAGUAUUACCAUUAUAUUUGGAUUGUACAACCCAGAAUGAAGGGUUUGAAAUUAUGAAGUGUCUGGGUUUUUUCUGUGUUGAUUUCCAUUACUUUAAUAGGAGUAUAGAAUAUUUUGAUAUAGAAGCUAAAAUCUAAAUGCUUACAUUAAAAUGUAAUGAUUAUUGUCACACAAGUGAUGAGGAUGGAAUGUAAUGGACAUUUAAUGUUUGUGCUUUUCUUAUAACUAAUUUCUGUGUUCAAUUCAUGUGCUGUUCUAUAAACCAAUUUAUGUAUUCAUGCAAGUGGUUGACUGUACAAAUCCUCACUAUCAGUAGCUGAAAUGUGGCAGUACGCCCAGUCCUUGUUUUGAAAGAUAUCUCAGUUUCAAGGUCUAAGCUUCGAGAAAAGAAGCCUCGUGAGGUAUUGGUCUGUCACAUGCUAUGAACCAGUAUUGGUCUGUCACAUGAAUUAAAUAAAACAGUAAUGAUUAAUUAUGCUACAUCAUGCAAAUAUAACUUGUCUGCGUAUAGCCGUAUAUAAGACAACUGUUGGGACUGCCCAGGCAGAGCUCCUGGUUGACAUGUGUACUAUGAUGCAUUGAGUUGGUUGGAACCUCUCCAGCACGCUGACAAAUAAACUAUGAUUCAUUUAAGAUUGA